UUACAUUCCGUCGAAAAAUAUUUAAUUGUAUAUUGAGGAGGGAAGGAAUUUUAAAACAAUUUUGCUGCAUUUGGGCAAUGAACGCAUACGUUAGUCGAGUAGGAGAUAUACACUUUUAGGAAAAUACAGCUCAAAAACUUGAUAUAAAUAGAUUUGUGUUCGAGAACAUUACACCCGACCAACCAACAUUACUAUCGCAUUUUCAUCGCCACGUUCACACACCUACGCCCAACAGUACCACAACAAUUAUCACUUGUCACCAUUCUCCAACACCACCACCACCCAAAUAUAACAACUGCUACUACAACUUCCACCAACGCCACAACCAAAUAUAACUUUCCGGUCAAGGUUACUUUAUGUUUGCGUCUUAAUAAAGGCGCUUCUACAGUUGACAUUUAGAAACAACACCAUUAAGAAACAGAACCGAGCCCUUCCAUGCACCAUGGCCAAGAUGUAUGGAAAGGGUAAGACGGCUAUUGAAUCAGAGGAUCAACAAAAAUUACGAUGGCAAGUUGAACUUGAAUUCGUACAGUGCCUGGCUAAUCCCAAUUAUUUAAACUUUUUAGCUCAACGAGGUUACUUUAAGGAUCAAGCAUUUAUCAAUUAUCUUAAAUACCUGCAGUAUUGGAAAGAACCCGAGUAUGCCAAAUAUCUAAUGUACCCGAUGUGUUUGUAUUUUCUUGAUCUAUUGCAAUACGAACACUUUCGCCGUGAGAUUGUCAAUUCGCAAUGUUGCAAAUUCAUCGAUGAUCAAGCUAUAUUGCAGUGGCAACAUUAUACUCGUAAGCGUAUUAAAAUGUUUAAUAGUGUCAAUGGUAUCGGGCAAAUGAAUGCUGCCGAUUUGGCUGCAAUGGAUGCACAGCAGCAAAAUGCGCAGCAAAAUCAACAGAAUCAGCAACAGCAACAAGCGGGGCAACAGCAGCAGGGAGCUGGUAACGCGCAUGCAGGCUUACAAAAUGGCUUGGUGAAUAAUGCGCAACUCCCACAACAACAACAGCAGCCACCCCAGCAAGCACAACAACAGCAAAGUGUUGGCAAUGCAGUAAUGGGCAUACCAAAUGGAAAUAAUACCGCCGCUAAUAGUAAUAACUGAAAUCGCUUCUAGAUUUCCAUAGUUUUCCUCUCAUUAGUUAGUAAUUUAUUUAGUCAUUGUAAACUUUAAAUAAUAUAGAAAGCUUUACUAUCUAAAACAUUUA